AUGAAUGAAAAGGUAAAAUUGAAAUCAUGCGAUUAUGACUAUGAAGCUAAUGGCUCACCCAAGAAGAAAAGUAAUUUUGAAAUCAUUAGCAUAACAAAUAAUUACUGCCAGAGCCGGCGACAAAGUUUACUCGAUGAUGACACUGAUGAGAUAGAUGGUGGAUUUCGAGGGAAAGGAAACAUUCAAUUCUCAAAGUCAUUGAUCAAGCGUCAAUCAGUUAACAACUGUAAUAACAUUCAAGAAGAGGCAAGUAAUGACAAAGUAAGCAAUCACAGGACAGAAAGUACUUGUAGCCUGGCCGUUUCCAAAAAUACUCAUAAUAGUGCAGUAAUCUCAGAUGUGGCAGACAGUGCCACUUCUACAUCUCGCUUCAGGAUAGCUAGACAGUAUAAUCUAUCUGAAAGGGGACGAUGGACUUGUCGAGAUUAUAUUUCAAACGAGAUCAAGACGGGUAAAAAAUUACAUAAUGAUCGGUUAAUGAAUGCUAAAGAGGAAUGUAAUUAUAAAACAAUUCAAAACACUAACAAUGGCAAUUCUAGUCUGUAUCAUUCAGAUGAUCUAUCACUAGAAUCGAGACGUACACUACCUGAAAAUACAACAGUAAAUCUAUCUAAGAACGUGCCAUCAUUAGUCCCCAAAACUAAUAGCACAUUAGAUCGAGCAUUAACAACUACUGCCAGUACAAAUAUUGCCAAUGCAUCUAUAAAUAAUAAUGAUCCACUUGCCAACCAGUCUAGCCCUAAGGAAUCCGUUAACUAUUUUAAAACAAAUAUCAUCAAACAUGGCCAGCUAAAUUUAGGAAGAAGAAGUGAACAACCUGGAAUGUUUAGACCAAUUCAAGACAAGAAUGGGCUAUCUCCAACGAAUAUUGACAUUAUGCACUAUCAACAAUAUGAUCUAGGAUCGCCUAAUGACUUUCCUAGGACUAUAAAUUCGCCUCUUGAAGAAAGCCUAAUAUUUAGAAACAGUCCUCAGCACUUUUCGCCUCAUCAUCAUCAUCAAUAUCAAAUAAGUAAUCAUGACCACUACCAUACGAUUGCCGGCAUUGUUGAGGAACAAUUACAUCGAGUUAUUACGCCACUUUAUGAAGCUAUCGAUUACCAAGUUCAGGAAAUUAUGAAAUUAAAGGAUGAAGUUAAACUUUCACGUACGGACCACUUGGUGGCUAGUGAGAUUGCCUUAUUAAGAGCGGAAAUCGAUUCCUUAACGAAAGUGUUACGAUGA